AUGAAAUCCUCCAUUCUCUCCUUCCAUCCCAGAUUGCCUGUCACAAAAGCAGAACUUUCUGACAGAUCCUCCUCCUUCAAACUCAAUUCUCUGCCUGCUGCUUACAAAUGGAUCAUCACCGAGAAAAGCCCUUCUACACCUUUGAGAAACUUUGAUCACCUCUGCCAUAAUCUGGAAGGAGAGCUGAAACUGUACAAGAACGUUCUUAAGAAUGUGGGUGAACAUUCAGUGAAAGGCUUGUACAUGGUUGAUGCUCUGCAACGCCUGAACAUCGAUUGCCACUUCCAAGAAGAAAUUGAGGAAUUUCUAGCAACUCAACUCACGAUUUUCAGCACUUGUCAAAGUGACUAUGGUCAUGAUGAUCUUCAUCAGGUUUCUCUUCUCUUCCGCCUUCUGAGACAGCAAGGUCAUUCUGUACCUGCAGAGGUGUUUGAGAAGUUUAUAGCAAAGGAGGGGAACUUUAGCAGCAAGGUAAGUGGAUGUGUCAAGGGAAUGAUAGAACUAUAUGAAGCUUCACAGCUAAAAAUGCCCGAAGAAGCCAUACUUGAUGAAGCUGAACAGUUUAGCGGGAAGAUGCUGAAGGAAAUAAGUGCCUACAUUGGUGUUGAUAAAGCUGAGUUUGUGAGGAGUACUUUGGAGCAACCAUUUCACAAAAGUCUGCCAAUUUUCACCUCCAGAAGCUUGUUUCAAGGCACUCAAGGCAUGAAUGGAUGGCUCAAUGCCUUACAAGAUGUGGCCAAGAUGAACUUCAAUAUACUCCAAUCUGCAUACCAAAUGGAGAUCCUUCAUAUUUCUAAAUGGUGGACUGAACUUGGAUUAGCGAACGAGUUGAAGUAUGCUAGAAACCAACCGCUGAAAUGGUACAUUUGGUCACUUGGAUGCUUAACAGAUCCAUCUUUGUCAGAAGAAAGGAUGGAGCUCACAAAACCAAUUUCCUUCAUCUACCUAAUAGACGACAUUUUUUAUAUAUAUGGGACCCUUGAAGAACUAACUCUUUUCACAAAAGCUGUUACUAUAUGGGAUAUUGAAGCUGCAGAAGAGCUACCCGAUUACAUGAAGAUAUGCUUUAAGGCACUCCAUGAUCUCACCAAUGAAAUCAGCUACAAAGUGUAUCUGAAGCAUGGACGGGACCCCAGUAUGUCCCUCCGAAAAGCGUGGGGGAGAUUGUGUGAAGCAUUUCUGAUAGAAGCAGAAUGGUUUGCUUCAGGGAAGAUACCCUGUGCAGAAGAAUACUUGAAGAAUGGGAUAGUAAGCUCAGGGGUGCAUAUAGUAAUGGUUCACAUUUUCUUUCUGUUAGGCCAAUCAAUCACCAACGAAUCAGUGCAGAAAAUAGACAACACUCCAACCAUCAUCUCUUCCACUGCAACAAUUCUUCGUCUCUGGGAUGACUUGGGAACUGCUGAGGACGAGAAUCAGGAAGGGAAGGAUGGAUCAUAUAUGGAAUGCCUGAAGAAGGAGAUAAGGAACAAGGAAAUGGCAAGAGAGGUGGUGGCGGCUAAGAUCUCAGAUGCGUGGAAGAGUCUGAACAGAGAGUUCAUAAUGGACAGCUCAUUUUCUUCAGCCUUCAAGAAAGCAUCUCUCAAUCUGGCGAGGAUGGUGCCACUGAUGUACAGUUACGAUCACAAUCAAUGCCUUCCCAAACUAGAGGCCGAAGUCAAGUCGUUGCUUUAUGAUCAGGUUCCUCUGUGAUUAUGGUUCCCACAAACUUCCUUUUCAAAUGCAAGAAUGCGAUAAAACAAGUCAUACUCAUAUUAGGGCUUAGAUUCUCUCUCUCUGCGUCUAUGUGCAUGGAAGAGCCAAGAGUGAUGUUGUAUGAAAGAGAACCUUCACGUGCGUAUUACGUCGGAGGCCUCAUAGAUACACAGUGGGUGGACCAGCGAGCACGCAUGAGAAAAAUUUAUUGUGCGUAUUAUGAAUAGUUUUAUUUGUGUUGAAAAAGGAAGCAUCUCUUUCAUUUAAAUUUUAAACAGAGACAUAUGAGCCAUAUGGCAGUUCUAGCCA